CACAUACCAGUGGAGAGGCAGUGGGUAAUGAAGGUCGCGGUGCAGAGGUGAAGUCGCUGUUUUUCAGUUGUACCCACGGGAUAUAGUACGAUUCCAAGGCUGUGCGGGGGAGCAGGUGGCUGUCAGCUCAUUACAGGAACCAGGAUCAGCAGCUAGCAGGACUUGAUAGGGAACUGAAUCCUGUCUGUGCUGUGAUUGGCUGUCCCCCUCGUACUGUGCUUCUGGCAUGGACCGUUGGGACACGCCCACCCCUCAUCUGAAAAAUGGACAGAUGAAUCCGUUUGUCCUUUUUCUCAUUUACCUUUACACGUGUGUAUUUAGCCCAGUGACUGGGUAUCCAAAUGGUAAAGUGACUUCUGCCUGCAGAUCUAUGCGCCCUGACCAUGGUCAUACUCCACAAGCUGAUCCCAUUCACAGCAUUAAUGUGGACAAAACCAUUUUUAACCCAGGGGAUCGCAUCAAAGUCACCUUGUCUGGAUCUCGCUUUGAUGGAUUUCUGGUUGAAGCUCGUGAUGCAGAGAACCUGAAUGGCAGUGCUGUUGGGUCGUUUUCUUUAACCGACAAGAGGAUUUCCCAGCUUUUGACUUGUGAUGGUAUCCAGAAUUCUGCUGUCAGUCACACCAGCAAAGAAAGAAAGCUCCAAGUGGAGUUCUUUUGGGUUGCUCCUGCCAACAGCCCAAAGCAUAUUCAGUUUCUAGCUACAGUAGUUCAAAAAUAUAAAAUCUAUUGGAUGAAAAUUCCUGGCCCUGUUAUAUCACAGCCCAAUGCACCAUCUGUUCCACUUAAGAAUCCCAGUAGCAUGAUAACAGUGGUACCACCAUCUGCAUCACUUCAUAAACGUUUUAGUUCAGCAGGCUGUGGAAGUAGUAAGUUCUGCAUCAGAAAUCCAGUCUCCUGUGACCCAGAGCAUAAUCCUGAGUGCUUCUUCUUGUCCUUCAGAAAACAUGGCCAAUCUGUACUGGUUGAGAUGACUGGGCCAGGACAAGGCAACAUCUCUUUUGUUUUGUCACAUGAUCAGUGGAUGAUUCACUGCUGCCUUAUGAUCACUACAGUUUUCCAACAGUUGUAGCUUUUGUAUUCCCCUUUAUACACAGAUUAUACUUCAGUAAACGUGCGGGUUAUCAUCCCCAUUUCGGGGUCACAGUGAUGAUUUUGACAGUUCCACAACCUGUUUUGGCAGUUUUCUGACCUCCACCUCAAAGCACCCAGG